CCCGCCCAGACUGCUAGCUAGUUGAGGAGACGCCGCGGCGCGGCCGGGACCCGCCCGGAGGCGCACUGAGCGAGCCACUGGCGGAGCCAUGGCCGGCGAGGAAGACCGCGGGGACGGGGAGCCGGUAUCAGUGGUGACCGUGCGGGUGCAGUACCUAGAGGACACAGACCCUUUCGCAUGUGCCAACUUCCCGGAGCCGCGCCGGGCCCCCACCUGCAGCCUGGACGGGGCGCUGCCCCUGGGCGCGCAGAUACCCGCGCUGCACCACCUGCUGGGGGCGCCGCUCAAGGUGAGGGGAGCCGGAGAAAGGUUGGGGGCGACCGAGGGUUCAGGGUCAGCGCCAUGAAAGCCUUUGGGAGCCCCUCGAGGAGAGGCUGGAGCGGGUGCGCUCCUCCGGGAAAGUUUUGGGCUGGGGACCCAAGGUACCCGUUGCCCGGCUUGUGGGGAACGCCUCUCAAGUUGAGGGAAGCUGAAGAAGGGAGAAUGGGAGCUUGUACUCUGCGGCA